CCAAACCAUUCUUCACUACCUAAUUUUCUUAGCCUUCUUUCAUGCUCAUGGAGUCUCAACCGGAAUCAACACCUCCGCCUAAGAAGUUGCUUACAAGGCUUAACUUGGCGGUAUCUAAUAGUAGAAUUGGGAAGUACUUUAAACUCGCCGAGCGUAAUUCAACGUUCACCACCGAGUUGAGGGCCGGUACUGCCACAUUCCUCACCAUGGCUUACAUCUUAGCCGUUAACGCCUCUAUCCUCACAGAUUCAGGGGGCCCCUGCAGCGUGUCCGACUGCGUUCCCCUGUGUUCGGACCCAACCGUGGCAGUUUCCAACUGUAACGGACAGAAUCUCCGGGUAGUCCAACCCGACGAAUCCUGCAAGUUCGAUCCUGUUAACCCGGGGUAUGCCAAAUGUUUGGAGAAAGUACGCAAGGAUCUUAUAGUGGCCACCGUUGCUUCGUCGCUAAUUGGGUGCGUAAUCAUGGGUGCUUUCGCUAAUUUACCCCUGGCUCUGGCCCCUGGGAUGGGAACAAACGCCUAUUUCGCCUACACUGUUGUUGGGUUUCACGGGUCGGGCAACAUUUCUUACAAGAGUGCUCUGGCGGCUGUCUUCAUGGAAGGCUUGAUCUUUCUGUUAAUUUCAGCAAUCGGGUUGCGGGCCAAAUUAGCUAAGUUGAUUCCCAAACCUGUACGGAUCAGCUCAUCCGCUGGAAUCGGGCUGUUCCUGGCAUUUAUUGGGUUACAGAACAACCAGGGGAUCGGGUUAAUCGCUUACAGCUCGUCCACGCUGGUGACACUGGGUGCCUGUCCGAGCUCUUCCCUGGCGUCGGUGGCUCCAGUGGUAACGGAGGCAAACGGCACCGUUAGCUUGAUCCCCGGCGGAACCGUCUCCGGCAGUAUUUUGUGUCUCAAUGGCAGAAUGGAAAGCCCGACGUUCUGGUUAGGUAUCAUCGGCUUCGUCAUAAUUGCGUACUGCUUGGUGAAAAAUAUCAAGGGUGCCAUGAUCUACGGUAUAGUAUUUGUGACGGCGGUGUCUUGGUUCCGUAACACAAAAGUGACGGAGUUUCCUAACACGGAUGCUGGAAACUCAGCUCAUGACUACUUUAAGAAGGUAGUUGACAUUCAUCUGAUACGGAGUACUGCUGGGGCGCUAAGUUUUAAAAGCAUCGGAAAAGCCUACUUUUGGGAAGCUUUAGUCACGUUUCUAUACGUUGACAUAUUGGACACAACAGGAACACUCUAUUCAAUGGCUCGAUUUGCCGGUUUUAUCGACGAAAAGGGUGAUUUCGAGGGUCAGUACUUUGCCUUCAUGUCCGAUGCCACGUCCAUUGUGGUGGGGUCCUUGCUGGGAACAUCACCGGUGACGGCAUUCAUCGAGUCGUCAACAGGUAUACGAGAAGGUGGUCGCACGGGUCUGACGGCUUUAACGGUGGCGGCGUACUUCUUUCUGGCGUUUUUCUUCACGCCGUUGCUGGCUUCAAUACCGGGUUGGGCGGUGGGUCCGCCACUUAUUUUGGUGGGGGUGCUGAUGAUGAGGGCGGUUACGGAUAUAGAGUGGAAUGAUAUGAGGCAGGCAAUCCCUGCUUUCGUGACUCUGAUCCUGAUGCCUUUGACGUAUUCAAUUGCAUAUGGGCUGAUUGGUGGCAUUGGUACUUACAUUGUUUUGCACUUGUGGGAGUGGGGAGAAGAGGCAUUGGUGAAGUUUGGUGUCAUAAAAAGGAGAGCGGGUGGGUUCAAUGGGGCACAUUCCUUGGUAAACAGACAAGAUAGGGAAGAAACAAAAGCAGUAGAACUUGAGCAAGUUUAGGAUGUAUCUUCCUCUAAGAGCUAGCAUUAGCAUAUAUUGUAAGAAUGGAUUGUUGAAGAGGGAAAUGUAAAAAGUAAUAAACACUACUUCUAUAUAGUCAGUCAUGUGUCUGCCUUUUUGCCCCACACAUCCAUCUUCUUAAAUCUUAAUUAUUGUCGGUCAUCAGAUACUAAGGAAUAAUCUUGUGUUUAAUAUUUGGAUUUCGUGGCAAUAAUUAUUGUGCAAUGUGGGUUGUCUUGUAUGUUUUCAUCUUACUGUAAAUGCACAGAUCCUAGCUUCAAUUCCUUUCAUCUUAAAAGGGAAAUGCCUACUUUUUUGAUAAUUGGAGUGAGACAGUUUCUAGACAGCAUUGAUUGAAGCAAUUAGGCAAUGGAAUUAAAGCAUAAUUCUAAGG